GUCAAUCGAUCAUUCCUGUCUUGGAUAAUUGAAGAAGUCAAGUCAAUGAUCCUUUGUUCCCCCCUUUUUCUCCCUCCUCCCUUGUGUUUUCGAAACGACAGCUCAGUUACAUGGGACGUACGGAGUACACCAUGUAACGUAGCAACUUUGAUCACAAGCAUUCGUUAUUCCUAUCUAUCCCCACGGGAUCCCAACCAGUCAUUGACUAACACCAAUGCUGCCAGUGAAAAACAUUACUCGUUAUUACUUCUACAUCAGUUCAGAAGGACUUUGUCCUUUUCAGGAUUUUCCAACGAAGGUUUCAUUCUUUUGCCCAUCCUACCAGCGGGACACCCACUAGGGGGGCAGAAAGAAGAAAGACAAAAACUACGUACAUGA